AUGUCAGCUCCGGCUAAAUCUCGAUGGGCAGACGAUAACCCAGCGACAGAGGCUGAAGUCCAGCGGCGCAAGCUAGAGAAAGAAGCGAAGAAGCGCGCAAAGGCAGAGAGACAGCGACUCCUUGAACAGAGACAACAACAGCAACAGCAACAACAACACCCGAUAGAUACCAGUGAUAAACAGCCAGAUAGAGCAGAGAAUGGAAGUGAACCGCCUACGAAACGACGGCGGCUGUCGAACGAAGCCCCCGAAGCUGCCAGCACUGCACCGCCGGCAAGGCUGCUCCAGUUCCCAGCACCGGAAUGGGGCCCCUGCAGACACAUCGACAACUUCGAAAACCUGAAUGCGAUCGAAGAAGGGUCCUACGGCUGGGUUUCGAGGGCCAGAGAGACGGCUACAGGCCAGAUCGUGGCUAUCAAGAAGCUCAAGAUGGAGAACGCGUACGAUGGGUUCCCUGUCACCGGCCUGCGCGAGAUACAGACCCUGCUCGCCUCGCGACACCCGCACAUCAUCCAGCUGCGUGAAGUGGUCAUGGGCGACACAAUGGACGACGUUUUCCUGGUCAUGGAUUUCAUCGAACACGACCUCAAGAGCCUACUUGACGAGAUGAGGGAGCCCUUCUUGCCCUCCGAGACGAAAACGGUCCUGCUUCAGGUUCUAGGCGCGGCCGAGUUUCUGCACUCGCAUUGGAUCAUGCAUCGGGAUCUGAAGACUUCGAAUCUACUUAUGAAUAACCGUGGGGAGGUCAAGCUGGCUGACUUCGGAAUGGCGAGGUAUUACGGCGAUCCGCCACCGAAGUUGACCCAGCUGGUUGUUACGCUGUGGUAUCGGGCGCCCGAGCUGCUGUUGGGAGCAGACAAGUACGGAACCGAGGUUGAUAUGUGGAGUAUUGGCUGUAUAUUCGGGGAGCUGUUGACCAAGGAGCCUCUGCUUCGUGGCAAGAACGAAGUAGCUCAGCUAUCAGAGAUAUUCGCCCUCACCGGUCCACCGACGUCCCAGACAUGGCCAGGCUUCCGCUCCCUUCCCAACGCCAAAUCCCUUCGUCUCCCACCGUCUUCUUCUUCUUCCGACUUAUCUGGCCCGUCCGUUCCGCUUCUACCACGCUCAAAGUUUCCCUAUCUUACUUCAGCGGGCCUCAGUCUGCUCUCUCACCUGCUAGCUCUCAACCCAGCAGCCAGACCAACAGCAAAAUCAUGUCUGUCACACCCAUACUUCCGCGAAGAUCCCAAACCGAAGCCCAAGGAGAUGUUCCCUACCUUCCCAUCCAAGGCGAAUUUGGAGAAGAGGCGCAAACGUGACACUCCUGAGGCGCCAAAGAGGGGGGAAGAGGCGCCGCGGCUGGACUUUGCGAAUGUUUUUGGAGGAGGCGACUCUGGCUCGACAGAGGCUGGAGCUGGCUUUUCUUUGAGAUUGGGCUAG